GCUCGGCAGCAGCGGGGCGGCGGUCCCGACGCCCCGAUGCUGCUCUGCUGUUUGCUGGAUUCCCCGGAGGAAAGCUGGAUGCUGCCAGGAGUGUCCUUCACAGGCCCAUCCAUCAUGCUUAGAGCAGCCAUCCCAAGAGCACGUCGCUGCAGAAGGAGCUCAUCCCUCGUGCUGGUUUGAAAGAGCCUGCAGGGCUUUACCAUGUCAACCUGGCUGCAAGUGGCCAUCACAGGCUACCUGUUGCUGGUUUGGCAGGGGUCCUCCACAGUGCUGGAAAUCACAGAAAGAAGAGUUGUGGCUGAAGGAUCCUCCGUACUGAUGCACGCGCCGGAUAUCAAGAACGUAAACUUCACCGAGUGGGAAUACAUAAGAAACACCACCCCUGAAUUCAUCCUGCAGUACUAUGCAGAUUACCAGUUUCCAACCAUUUACUCAGCUUACCAAGGCAGAGUGAUUUUCUAUCCAAAGAAUGGCUCGAUUCUUCUGCAGAGUUUACGAGAGACAGACAGCGGCAUCUAUAAAGCAACAGUUAAUCUGAUGCAACAUAAAGCUAGGACAACCCUCCUUGAAGUUAUCAAGCCUGUGCCCCAACCUGAGCUCCAGUGCAGUUCCAACCUGGCAGGUUCGCCCAUCGAGCUGGUCUGCAUGAUGCCAGAGGGAACGGUGGCUUCCGUCUCCUGGAAGAAGGAUGGACAUCCUCUCCCCCCUGAAAAGUGCCAUCUGCUCUCUGGAAACAUCGCCAUGCUGCAGAUAAGGAAGGGGGAGAAGUCGGACUGCGGCUCCUACUCCUGCAACGUCAGCAACGUGAUAAGCUGGAAGGAGGCAGCCCUGAACCUGACGGUGACAGGUCUCACGCCUCCUCUACACCACGCGUGGAGGAUGGCCGUCGUCACGCUGAUGUUUGUCGCCGCCUCCACCGUCAGCUUCAUUAUCCUGCUCUAUCAGCUGAGGGAGCACAGGUUCGGAGAGGAAGCAUGGAAAUAUAUAAUUCUGUCCACCCACGGACUGCUGUGUAUCUCCUCUCUCCUCCUCUUUGCCAUCUCCAUCAUCUGGAUGCAGGAAGAAGGUCUUUCUGCUGCCUUCGUCUUGCUUGGGCUGUUCUUCUUUGCUGCGGCGAUAGGAACUCUCCAGGCGGCAGCAGUAGCGGUGUGGAGACCUGCAGCUCUCAGCCACCUCAAAAUCACAAUGUGUCACUGUGCCAUCUGGAACCCCACAGUCCCCACCACGCUGAUCGUCAGCUUGUUGUGCUCCACCCUCUUGCUCCACAAUAUCCAGCAGCUCCAUGGGCAGCGAGAGUCCUUCAGUGGGUUUGCGUGGCUGGUCCUGCAAGAAACCUUGUUAUAG